AUGGCGGCAGCAGCGAUGAUCACCAAGAUUGCAUAUUGUAGCGACGAUCGCGAUUCUAUAGGUACUCUCGUUCGCAACAUGCCCCUUCAUCUGUUUAACCUUGAGCCCCUACUUUUUUCUGCAAUAAGAAUUGGCGACCCGUCUACUGUUAGGCUGCUACUUAACAGUGGUAGAGUUAAUCCCAGCUCAGAAGAUGAAAGGGGUCAGCAACCACUUCUAUGUGCUGUGAAUUAUGGGAGGAAAGAUGUUGCGAGGCUUCUGCUUAGUAGAAGCGAGAUUGCUGUUGAUGCUGGAGAUCAUAAUUUUCGAACACCACUAUCAUGGGCAGUGCAAAAGGCGGAUAAAGAUCUCGUUACGCUACUAUUAGAAACCAGUAAGGUGGAUCACAAUUCAAAAGACAGAAAUAGUUGGACACCACUUGCCUGGGCAGUGAAGUCAAAAAAUCCAACUGCCGUAAAGUUACUGCUUGAUAGGGACAACGUCGAUGCGGACAAAGACGAACGGAUACCAUUGUCAUGGGCAGCCCAAUCAUCAUCAGGAUCGUUGGGCAUCAUGAGAUUUCUACUUGAGAGCGGGAAGGUUGAUGCUGACUCAAAAGACCACAACGGUCGCACACCACUGUCAUGGGCAGCUCAAUUAGGCCUAUUGGAUAUCGUGGAGUUGCUAAUUGAGAGUGGCAAGGUUAACGGGACACUACGUGAUAACUCGGUUGGACUCCAGUAACAUAUGCUAUACAUUUUAACAAGCGGCUUAUUGCAAAAUGAGGAACUCGGUUCGGAAGCCUAUACUGACUUAUCAUACGGGUCGUGGCGGUGCGGUCCACCUUAUAGCUGCCGGGCCUCCGUUUUGCCAUCGGCGUGUUGACCUACUAGGGUACCGACCAGGGUGGUAAUGUUGUAUAUCAAUUAUUGGUGCCGGGAACCAUAAUAGCUAAUUUAUUCUAUAAAGUUGUAUAAAAGUGUUAGUACUGUAGUUUUAUUCCAUAUAUUAAAGCCAAAGUAUUUUGUUACCUCCCGCUAGGAUAUGGCCGUAUAUAUAUAUAUACCUAGCUCAUAAACGACGUCCGG